UUCUCACUCUUGUCUCGAGUUCACGGCGAUUGAAUCUCACAGUCUUUACAGGUCAACCUACAAGGUCUACACAUCUGACACAACAAGUCGCUCCGUCACACAUUUGCGCCGCCCCGCACCGCCCCUCCUCGAUGGAAAGGGAAAAAAACACACAGAGAUAUCAUCCACAGACUCUGCUUGCAAUCCCCGAUCAUCGAGCUCGAACAGAAUCCUCACCUAGCAGUCACCAUUGCACGAUGCUAUCCUACCUUGUUGCCGCUGCUGCUGCCUUGGCUCUGCCCUCGCUCGCCGCUAUCAAUCCCACUUCGCCCGACUCGAGCACGGUCGUCAAAGUGGGAGAUGACAUUACGGCUCUCUGGACAGCGGAUACCACUGGGCAAUGGACCAAUCUCGAGAUACAGCUCAUGACGGGUCCAAACUUGGAUAUGGUCCCCUUGUCAGUCCUCGGUCAAGGAAUCGACGGUACUACCAAGACCUCUUUCUCUGCCCCGGCUCCUGCAGUCUCCCCUUACUCUCAGAUCUACUUCUUGCAAUUCACUCAAGGAGGAAAUGUCUCGACGGCUCUCUGGUCGACUCGAUUCACGAUUGCUGGACCUGAUGGCUCUACAACUCCUCCUACCAACACGACCACUUGGAACGGUCAAGCCGUGCAGUGGGGUGAGAUUUGGUCACAUGACGGUGCAAUUUCACCACUAAUUUUCCCCCCUUCCAGGCACUGGCGUCCUCACUGGAGGCUCCUCCUCUUCCAACUCGACAAGUGGAUCAGGUACCGCCGUCGCGACCUCUACCGAGAUGGACCCCGAUACGUUGACAGGUCUCUCUACUUCCACCACUUCUACCGGAGCAGCCAUUAAUGCCGUCACAUCCAUUUCCGCUUCCACCAUGGCUUCAAGC